UCUCGUGUCAUGUCAAGUCAGCAAAUUGAUUUCACCACGAAGAACAAACACCACUCGGAUCAAUCGUGCCUAUUGUCAUGUAACCUUUUUGGAUUGGGAUAACAUAACAACUUCUCCACAAAAAUAUCGUCCAUAUCCAUUUUUUAGAGGGCUGGAUCAUUUGUCCGUAUAAUCAGUCAGAUUCAAAGGUCAAUUUAUGUGCAAUCAAGAGUGGUCUUGUGGACGUUUAUAUAUUGUCCUCGCUUUAUGAAUUGGUGACACGUACGUAGGUAGCUUAGUUGCAGUUAUCUUGCAUAGACGGCAGAACAGGAGAGAACAGAUAAGCAGUUACCAGUCACCUGAACAAUAAGUGGCAGGAGUUGUUUUUCAUUGCAGUAUCGUGACGAGUCAUAUCAGGAUUGAGAAGAACUUUUUUUCAUAAGACUUAAGAUUAUUUAGAAGAGGAAAUAACCAAGAUGAAAUUUUUAGUUGCGUUUGUCGUCCUCAUUUCCUGCGUGGAAUGGUCGGUUCAGUCCAAUUAUUGCGAGGUCGGAGUGGGACUCUCCUCGGAAAAAUCGACCUGGCAAGACAUGGAGGACAAUUGUUAUAAAAGUGUCGUGGAUCAGAUUCAUCGUGAAUUGAAUGCUUCGAUGACUUAUCUUUCGAUGGGGGCUCAUUUCACGACGGACCGUCACUACCGUCCCGGUGUGGCGACGUUCUUCUUGGAGGGUGCUAACGAGGAACGGUCUCAUGCCAAGGCCCUCAUGGACUACAUUCUCAUGCGAGGUCUCUCCGUCAAGAGCAGUGCGAUCCCUCCACUCAUUCCCAAAUUGAGAUGGGACUCCAUCGAGCAAGCCCUCUCCGUCGCGAUGGACAUUGAGAGAAGCGUCCGACAAAACUUUGUUGAUAUUAUUCGCGUCUGCGAAGGAAGUGACAAUGUUCGACCAACGGCUAAUAAUGAUUAUCAUGCUUCCGACCUCUUGACCGGAGUAUUCUUGGAGGAGCAGCACCAGAGCAUAAGAAAGAUUGCGGGCCACCUUGCCACUCUGGUCAAGAUGAAGACCACGUACGGAGAAUUUGCGGAAAUCAUGUUCGACAAGACGCUCCUUCAGUAAACUAUAUUACUCAUUUACAUAUAAUAACUUAUCAAAUUCAGUAAUAUACCAGUUUGUCAUCUAUUGAAUGAAAUUAAAAAUAUAUGUGUAAGACACGAUUUCAGAGAUUCC